CGUCAGGUAGCUGCGUCGCAAUGCCAAACUGUUAUAUCUUUCUUGUUCCUUUGACAACAACACCAGCGUUUAACUGCCAAACCUUGUAAUCCGCCACUUUUGCUCUAUCCUUUCCUUCUUGUUCCUAACCAUUUUAAUAUUAUUAAAAAUAUCAAAAUCCAAACCAAACCAUUACCAACAUCAUGGCCGGAGACCCUCGCGCAUUACUGCUAAAGGCAGACAAGGCGCUCGCUGGCGCCUCGAGCGGAUUCAGUUUCUUUGGCGGCCGUGAAGAGAAAUAUAUGUCCGCCGCAGACUUGUACAUCGAAGCAGCGAACUCCUUCAGGAUCCAAAAGAUGAACCGCGAGGCCGGUCAAGCCUUCGAAAAGGCGGCUGCGGUGCAGAGCAAACAACUAAACGAACCAGACGAUGCCGCAAACACCUUGGUCGAUGCCUUCAAGGUUUACCGAAAGGAAAAUCCAGAAGAUGCAGUGCGGUGUCUCGAUGUCGCGGUGAACCAGUACUGCAAGAAGGGCAACUUUAGACGAGCCGCGCAGCAUAAGGAGAAUAUGGGUGAAGUAUUGGAGGUCGAGGUGGGCGAUACCAAGCGUGCGCUCGAGUGCUACGAGGCCGCUGCUAGUUGGUAUGAGGGAGACAAUGCUGCAGCUCUGGCGAACAAACUCUGGCUUAAGGUGGCAGAUAUUGCCGCCCUCGAAGGCGACUACUACAAGUCGAUCGAGCAAUACGAAAAAGUCGCAGCGGCCUCCAUAAACAACAACCUGAUGCGUUACUCGGUCAAGGAUUACUUCCUCAAGGCGGGCAUUUGCCAUCUAGCGACGGGCGAUAUGGUUGCUGCGAAUCGCGCGCUCGAGAAGUACCGAGAUCUAGACCCGACAUUCCCGAGCACCCGAGAACAUCAGUUGCUGGUAGACUUGGCGGGUGCUAUCGAAGCAGGGGACCAGGAUCAGUUCACGGACAAGCUCUUCCAAUACGACCAGAUGAGCAAGCUUGACAAGUGGAAGACUACCAUUCUUGUGCGCGUCAAGAGCAACAUUGAAGAAGCCGGUGAGGAUUUCUCAUGAGUAGGAUUGGGAAAGUUUGAGAAUAGGAAGAACAAGACUUUAUGAGAGAUGUCAAGCCAAACGAGUACGUUUGGAUGGGUGGACUGUGUGGGGGAUAUAGCUGUAAUGCCUGCGCCGUCUUGCAAAUCGCAAGACGGAGAAGAUCAAUUGAUUCCUGUGUUCAAUGUUGUUUCUACUUGGAAAGCUGGGCUACAGCGGACCUACCUACAGUACCUAGCUAUCUACUGACUGGGUAGCUACUAUCGUCGUGGUCGAAAGACAGCCAUGCAUGAGAUUGCUACCCUACUUACAACCUAAUAGUACUACAACUUAUUUGUGCAGUUUCCAUAGUAAUGAGUGACAUGAAAUACAUAUAGCAUUUUGCUUGUGGCUCCCCUG